GCCUGGAACGGAACGGAACCGUACCGACCAAACUUGUCGCUGAGAUCAACGGGCCCCGUCGCACGUAGUACGUGCCCCAAGCUCCUCCUCCUUCCGUUUACAAAUCUCCUUCCCUCCCUCCGCUUUUACGCUUCUCUCAUGAUUCUGCGGUUCCCAUCCCAUUCCCAUGAAUGAUAAAGCAAUGAUUCGCUACGCCUAGCAUCGCAUCUCAUCCAUCCAUCUGCUGAUCACUCCCCUGCUCUGCACCUCCCACACCCCCCGCUCGCCGGAGCACCUGCACCUCAGUCCGAUCGGGCCUCGGCGGUGGCCGCCAUCUAGUCUCUCUCUCUCUCUCUCUCUCUCUCCGCCGCCCACCCACAGUCGCCGACGCACGCGUCGUCGCCCACCGAUCCAUCGCAAACCAAGCCAAGCCGCCGUUCCCGGAGCGCGGACGAACAAGAAAAGUCAACAACUCCCUCCACCUCCUCUCUCUCUCUCUCUCUCUCUCUCUCUCUCUCUCUCUCUCUCCUCGGGGCCCGGCCGCCCCGUUCGUCGGGUCGGGUCGCACGCGCGCAGGUCAACGCCGCCGGAGUGCGCGCGCGCGCGUCGCCGUGCGGUGCGGCCGACCGACCGACUCAGUCGACGACCAGCCGAUCCAUCCGUCCGUCCGGCCGCCGGACAACCAUGGGGUCGUUCAAGGGCCACGUGCUGCCGGGGACGCUAUUCCUGCUGGUGGGUCUAUGGCGGGUCUGGUGCUCGGCGUCGCGACACGCCGCGUCGCCGUCGACGUUCCGCGUCCGGGCAUGGAACCCCGUGCGCACCACCACCUCCUCCUCGCCGCUGCGGCUGCUGGAGCUCUACGUGGUGGCGGGGGGCGCGUUCGCGGACAUGUGCGUGGAGGUGCUCUACUCCACGCACCUCCGGAUCUUCGUCGACGGCGGGGAAGUCAACCCGGCGCACCUCAACGACCUCGAGCACGGCGGGAUGCUCCUCAUGUUCUUCCUCUUCGGCGCUCUCGCCCUCGCCUCCCAGCUCUGGCCCAGGUACCUCCCGCUGACCGACGGCGCACUCUGCCUGGUAGCGGCGACGGCGUUCACGGCGGAGCUGGUGCUCUUCUACUUCCACUCCACGACGCACAUGGGUCUCGAAGGCUACUACCACUACCUCCUCGUCGUCCUCGUGGCGCUCUGCGUCGCCGCCACCGUCCUGGGCGCGCUCCUGCCGGCGAGCUUCCCGGUGGACCUCGCCUCGGGCGUCCUCAUCGCGCUGCAGGGGCUCUGGUUCUACCAGACGGCGUUCACGCUCUACGGUCCCAUGCUCCCCGCCGGGUGCGCGCGUGACGCCGACGGCCACAUCGACUGCCAUGCGCGCGCCGCGCAGGAGCGCGCCGAGCAGCUCGCCAACUUCCAGUUCUUUGGACUCGUCUUCCUCGCCUUCUGUUAUGUGCUUGGGUGCUACGCUGUCGCUGCGGCGAGGUAUGGCCACCCGGAGCUCGCCGCGAUGCACGACAAGCACGUCGCGGCGAUGGAGGGCCAUGGCGACGCCGGCGGCGGUGACCGCCAGGAGGAGUGCGCGAUCUAGUGGCCGAUGGACAUUGGUGGUUGCUCUGGACUCUGGUUCUUGGAUUUGAUAUAGCUGUAUAGGAAAAUUCAGAGUACAUGCAUGAUCAGAGGUAGCUUGGCCAUUCAGAGUUUUCAGACUUUCAGAAUCAGGGUAGGGAGUGUACAUUUUGGGAUCAAUUCAGGCAAAAUUACCAAAGCUUUUUCUCUUCUUAUUUAUACAUUUAUACAAGGUUUCACGAGUUGCUUAACUUAUGAUGUAACUGUUACUGAUUUUUGAUGAGGGAGAUGUAAACUGAGAGGAAUACUUGUUAGCGCAGUGGUGUUCUUGACAAUUGUGCUGUAGAUGACCCAAUAAUGUAUGUUUUAAUUACAGAAACCAAAUUGUGCUUCUCCUUUUCUUA